AUGCAUUCAAUUAAUGCUACUUAUGGUGCUCCUUAUAAGGAGGAAGAGAGAGUAAGAAAGAUAAUUACUACUCGAAGUGCGGUAACUACUGCUUUCCCUGACCCACCACCACCACCUCCAAGUAAUACCGGAACAGAGAAUCAAGAUCCCGAUAAACCACCAUCACCACCUCCAAGUAAUACCGAAACAGCGAAUCAAAAUCUCGAUAAACCUAAUAAACAAU